AUGCGUUUAGGAGGAGAAUCUGAACCCACUCGUCAACAUUAUUGGAGUCAAAUGGGUGAACAAAACCGGUACAAUGAAGCCGGUGUAAAUGAUGAAGAAGCAUAUUUGGACAGCGGGUUUCCACGAAGUGAUUGGAAUCUGAAAAUUACAGUUGGGCAAAUUUUCUCUAGUAAGAAAGCAUUGUUGACGGAGUUACGGUUCACGGCAUUAAGAGGCCACUUUGAAUUUAAGGUGCAAUUCUCUUGCACUAAGAGGUUGCUUAUGGUUUGUUGUCAACGUCCAUGCCCAUGGCGGGUCCGAGCAUCGAGAAUUGGUGAAUACAGCUUCAUGAUUGUGAGGUGUACAACUGUUCAUGAAUGUGAUUUGAGAGGGUUCCGUUCUUCCAUGCGCCCAGUGAUAGCCCUGGAUGCCACUCAUUUAAAAUCCAAGUACAAGGGUGUUAUGUUUGUAGCAAAUGCAUUCGAUGGUAAUCGAAAUAUAUAUCCUCUUGCUUUUGGGAUCGGGGAUUUGGAGACGGAUGCAUCAUGGCAUUGGUUUUUCACUAAACUUCAUGAAGCCAUUGGUGAGUGUCCCAAUCUUGUUAUUAUUUCUGAUCGCAAUGUUAGCAUAGAGAAUGCUGCGAAAUCUUAUUCCAUUGCUGAAUUUGAUUGUCAUUUUCGCAACAUCAAGCGAAAGGAACAUGUUGCUCAAUAUCUUGAAGAGGCAGGGUUAUAUAAGUGGUCUAGAGCUCACAUGGAUGGACGCCGCUACAAUGUAAUGACAACAAAUAUUGCGGAGUCAAUCAACUCAGUCCUUAGGUUUGCAAGGAUGCUGCCAGUGGUUCAUUUGAUAGGGGAAAUUGUUAAUCUCCUUGUGAAAUGGUUCACCGAACGUCGUGAGUUGGCUUUGAAUUGCACAACAACAUUGUGCCCCAAUUUCGGAGAAAAAAAGUUGAGGAACAGGUUGGAGGAUGCUGCAAGGAUGAAUGUGGUUAAAUUAAAUAAUGCACAGUUUAAUGUUUUGGACGGUGAUAAGGACGGCCUCGUAGAUUUGACGAACAACAGUUGUAGUUGUAGAAAGUUUCAGCUUGAGCAGCUACCUUGCAAGCAUGUAGUUGCAGUUUGUCGCUUCUUGAAAGUAAAUGUAUACUCAAAGGCUUCUCGGUAUUACACUCGGAAAACCUGGAUGGAUGCUUAUUCGGAUAGCAUCUACUUGGUACAACCUCACGAAAUGUGGGAUAUUCCUGAAGAUGUUCGAAGUCGAGUUGUGCUGCCUCCCAUGGCAAGGGUCAUGCCAGGCAGACGAAAGAAGAUAAGAAUUCCCUCGCAAGGAGAGGGCACCAUUAGAAGAAAGUGCUCAAGGUGCGGUUCCGCAGGCCACAAUAAAAGCACCUGUAAAAACAAUAUUCCAUUGCGCAAUGUAUCUUAG